AGCGGCGCAUGCGCGUUGCGCUCCGUAGGCUUGGGGGUGCCCGCGUGAACAGGGUGGCGUUUCUAUGGUGAGAAGAUCUUUAAUGGGCCACAUGGACCCGGACACAUCUCACCUUCUGUGUCUGCUCUCAGCGCGUUUAUCAACGCGACGCUUUACACCUACCUGGUUAUGUGUCUCACGUCUGUCGCGAUAGUUUUUUACUAUUUUAAUGUCGUGUUUGACGCCAAACGGAGGGCUUUUGUGUAACGAUCCGCUUCGGCGAAGAAUAGUCCGGACGAAGAAUACAAAAUUCGUAAAACACCGACUGACGCCCAGUCGUGAUCAUGAUCCGUGUGCGUUGCAUCUCAUAAGUGUCGUUUGAAAUAUAGACCCAUCGCUGUUUCUUUCUCAUCAAGGAUCUUAUUGUCGUUGUGGAUCCGAUGCAGCAUCUCUCCGGCUGAGGUGGGCGCCUCCUGGAUCAUUUCAUCCUUGCUCUGAAUACAGAUUUGAAGUUAAUGUUUCGCCAAGAGGUCGGCGUCCUGUCCUUCAUUCCGUCUUGUUCGUACCUUUUCCAAUACGAGAAGAGGAACAUGUCACGAUAUAACAUCUGCAGUCUCCUGGACUGGAUGUAUGGCGGGGUGGACCCCAAGUUUGAGGGCAAUGGAGGCCCCGACUGCGCAGCCUUCAUCUCCCCGAAGCAGAGGAUUGUUGAGAGUCUGAUCAUUGUGUUCAUCUCUGUGCUGGAGGUGUUGCUGGCCAUCAAAAAGAUCCAUGUCCCUAAAGAUGUGGGACGCAAGGGCAGAGAAGACAGCUGGGGCAAGAACCUGUUGCUGGUGGCCCUUUGCAUGACUUUUGGAGUGGAGGUCGGGUUCAAGUUCGCCACAAAGACUGUGAUCUACCUCCUCAACCCAUGCCAUGUGGUCACAAUGGUGCAAAUCAUCCUGCUCGCAUGUCCACCUAGCAAAAUGGCUAUGAUCAUCUUUAGGCUUCAGGUUCACAUGCUAAAUGGGGCUCUUCUAGCGCUUCUCUUUCCAGUUGUCAACACCAGACUGCUGCCUUUUGAGAAGGAGAUUUAUUAUAUUCAACACUCCAUGCUGUAUCUUGUGCCAGUCUACCUCUUAAGAAAAGGAGGUGUGUAUAAAUCGGAGCCGCUGGCUGACAUGUCAUGGGCGCUGUUGUCCACAGGCAUCCUCUUCCUUUAUCAUUUUGUAUUCCUACAGGGUCUUGGAAUGGUGACAGAAGUAAAUCUCAACAACAUGCUGUGUCCUGCUGUCUCGGACCCCUUCUACGGGCCGUGGUACCGGGUGUGGGCGGUGGGCCACCAGACCGCCCUGACAUUACUCCACGGCAAGGCUUUGACCAUCCUCACGCAGCACACCGCCCCCACAUGCCGGUAUCUACUGGACAUAGUGCGUCUACGCAACAAGAAGGUGGACUAACGUUUUUUAAAUCGGACAAAACCUCUUGGUAUCUGAGUAACGUUCAUGUAGAAUCCCAUGAAUACAGAACUGUUACAUAACAUUUUAUUUGUCAUUGGCAGUACCAGGUUAUGUUCAAACCGUAGGUCACACUUGCAAGGAGUUCACAGUAGGACUCGAGUGACACAAACUUGUUCCGUUCGGUUUGGAAUCUUUGCAAAAUGAAGAUUGUGUGAACACAAAACCAGAAGUAACCUUUGUCAAGUCGCUGUCUUUAGUUUCUUAUCUAGCAAUGAAAAGGGGCCAACCCAGUUCCUUUUACAUCCGCUGUAUCUCUGUCAUCAGCACUGUAUUUCCUGUAAGUCUCGCUUGCCGAUGAAUAUCGCUGCCAUUUUAAAAGUUGUGCAUAUUGUUGACGUUUUGCGGAAAACAUCUGUCGUGGUACUGUAUGUUUGGGAGAUUUCACAGGGUAUGUUUUUUCUGAUACAGGUGUGUAAAUAAACAUGUCAAAGCCAUUAUAUUUGGCCAUGCCCACCUCACCUUUUCUAUUGGCUGAAGGUGCUGCUUGAUCGACUGGCCCUGCCCGGCUGAUGCUGUUAUCCGAGAAAAACAGCCUUUAAGUGUCAUGUACAUGGACUGUAGAUAGCCAGUACAAUAAUUUUAAUGCUAGUUAUUUUUUCUGUCAUUAUUUCUUGUAAUGGUUUCAACUGAUCCUGUUCUCUUUGAUUUAUAAAUGUUCCAAUUGAUUUUACAAACAGCCUGACUGAUCAGUUUUAUGCCUUUAGAGGAAAGCGUUUUAUUUUUAAGACUUCUCUUUUAUUUUGUGUAGAGUAUCAGUUUUCGUAAAUGUCAUUUGUCCAGUUCCCCUCGAACACGCCAUGUACUUGGUGUCAACCAUCUACUGUUGCACAUCAAGAAAUCAGGCCCAGAAACAAGGGCAUUCUCAAGAGUCGUGCUGAAUGCAGUGGCCCAUUGAAUUAUGGAAUUGCUCUCAUUUCAAAGUAACUCGACUAAAAGGGAAUCCUGUGAGAGUUAGUCUUGAUGUCAUUUUGUACAUGAUUUUGUGAAAUGUGUACUGUAUUAAAAAACCUUCAAAAACUCUC